CUUAUAUAUACUGCCCGAGUGAGAGAAUUAAAGUUUACAAGAAGCUUGAAAAAGAUAUAUUAAAGUCGCCAUGAAGUUUAAUUAUAUUCAAAGAAUAUUGUCUAGUUUUUAUUAUCGUCUCGGCCGUCAAAUAUCGCAGAAACCUGCUUAUUUUUUCGCAUUUCCUAUUAUUAUAACAGCGAUACUUUCUUUUGGUUUCUUGAGAAUAAAGUUAGAACGCGAUCCCACUAUUCUGUACUCGGUCCAGCACGGAAGAGCGAUGACCGAAAUGAGAAACCUUCAAAAACUAUUCCCUAUGAACUAUUCAUCCAAUUUCGAUAUAAUAAGAGCUAUCUCUACCGAAAACUCGAUACACGUCAUGUUUACGGCCUCGGACGGUGGAAAUAUGAUCAAAAAAGAUAUUUUCUACAGAAUAUUGACUUUGGACGAACAAAUUCGUAACAUGGAAGUAACUCUGAACCACAGCACCUUUAAAUAUGAAGACAUCUGCGCUACUAACGAAGGGCAAUGUCUUCGCAAUACGUUAAAAGAAUUAGAGCCGUUAAUAACUGGAAAAAAUUCAAAACUUAAAUAUCCCAUCAACUUUGACCCCUUCACUUUUGUCUUUCAGCCCUUUGUAAUAAAUUUAGGCGGAGUGAAUACCGACGAUAACGGAAUCAUUACAGAUAUCAGAGCCAUGAGACUGGUUUACGUUCUCAACGGUGACGUCGACAAACAAUUAAUAUCAGAAACUUGGCAAAACACUCUUCUAGAACAGUUAAAAAAGAAUAUAUCCGACGAAUUAGUCCUUUACGUGUUUGUUCCUUCUUCCGUGGAGAAAGAAUUAGAAGAGUUUUCGUCAAAUAUGCUUCCUUUCACGGGAAUCGUAGCCGUGGUCAUUAUGAUAUUUUCUUCUAUAAGUUGUAUGAGUUCGGAUUGGAUUAGGAGUAAACCACUCUUGGGAAUAUUUGCUUGUGUGUCUGCAAUACUGGCAAUUGUGGCCGCAUUUGGAUUUGCUAUGCUGUGCGGUUUGACCUACGUCGACAUUAACAUAGCUUUGCCAUUUUUAAUAUUAGGUAUGGAGGUAGACGAUGCGUACGUACUCAUAGCAGCGUGGAGGUUAACGAAAACAGAAUGGUCAGUAUCGAAGAGAAUGGCCGAGUGUUAUUCCGAAGCGGCAGUUUCUGUGACUAUAACUUCCAUCACUAAUUUAUUAGCAUUUUGUAUCGGCGUCCUCAGUCCUUAUAAAGCCAUGCAGAUAUUCUGUUCCUACGCCGCAAUCUGCAUAUUUUUUACUUUCGUCUAUUUAAUUUUUUUCUUCGGAUCCGUUAUAGCAAUGAGUGGCUAUCGAGAACAUCUCAAUCUUCACCCUCUUUUGUGUAUUAAAGUCGAUAAAAGGAUUUCUAUGGAAGACGAGGAGCUCGAGACGGUGGAAGAAGAUUAUAUAAUGACUAUUUUCAGAGAUAAGCUCGGAGGUCUUUUAAGGUACAAUAGCGUUAAAAUUAUUAUUAUUGCGGUUUUCAUCACAGUUCUAGGUUUCGGAAUUUGGGGAUUUAAAUUUUUGAGAGAAGGCAUGGAGCUAGCCGAUGCGUUUUCUUCCGAUUCGGAUUUAGCUUUGGCGAUAAAAAUUUAUUACAAAUAUUUCACUCGCUACCCUUACAUAUUGCACGUUGCCAUUAAUAAAACAAUGAAUUUCGCCGAUCUUGGAGUACAGCAACAAGUGAACGAACUUCUUGAAGAAUUUGAAGAUCAUCCUUUUAUAAGCGGAGUGGAAAAUAGAAUUUCUUGGUUAAAAUUCUUUAAUCUUUUCCAACUCUCGCCUUUUAGUAAAAUCGUAUUGAACGGUUAUGAUUUAUCGGACAAACGAGAGUUCGUCGACAGUUUGAACGAAGUCUUUUUGAAUAUUCCCUUAGCCAGACAAUUCAAACAAGACAUCAAUUUUAACGAAAACUUAACGGAAAUUACUUCUACGCGCUUUUUGUUGUUGUGUGAAAAUGUCAACGACAUCUCUGAAGAGAAGAAGCUCUUGCAAGAUGUUUGGAACAUCGCGGAUUCUUCCCCGUUACCGCUCAUCGUUCACUCUAUAUUCUUUCCGGGUUUCGAGCAGUCUGUGCUUAUUCGUUCUAUUGUUAUUCAGACGGGUUGGGCCACCGUUAUACUCAUAGCCGCCAUUUUCUUUUUAUUUAUUCCAAACGUCAAGUGUGCCGUAUGCGUAUCUAUCGCGGUGAUAUCUACUCUAAUCGAAACUGUUGGUUACAUGGCAUUGUGGGGAGUGAAAUUAGAUUUAAUGUCUAUGAUUAUAUUACUGUUGGGCAUCGGUUUGUCUAUUAAUUAUCCGGCCCACACUACCUUUGCAUUUAGGAUGUCCAAACAUAGAAAUUCCAACGAUAAGAUGAAAAGCGCCCUUUAUGCGGUCGGUAUGCCCAUUGUUCAGGGAUCGUUAUCGACCGUUAUCGGGGUUUCCGUUUUACUUUACAGCAGCUCUUAUAUGCUAAUCAUUUGUUUUAAAAUAGUACUUUUAGUAAUCGUAAGUACGGCGUUUCAUUCGUUGUUAGUGAUACCCGUUAUUAUGAGCGUCAUAGAGAAAUAUAGUUUGUCUCAUUUGCCCGAUGUGUCUGACGUCAGACGCAUAAGUCGCGUAAGUUUUAAAAUUAAAAAUACUCCGGAAGAAGAAGUCCAAAUGUGUGUGGAUAGCGAAGAUAAAUCGUUUAGUUUAAAAUCCAUUUUUAUAAAAGGAUAUAAAAACGACGACAUGGUUUUUGUCAAUAAUACCUUAUUAUGAUUAUUUGCAAUCGAUUUAAUGUCAUAAAAAUAACUUCAAGACGAAAUAUAAUGUGAAUUUGAGUUAAUUACUGGACGAAAACGUCGAUUUCGGGAGCGUAUAGUGAGAAAAUUUAGAUUAUGACACUCCAUCUUGAAAAAUACGUCGAGAGGGAAUAAAUUUGACUUUGCAUUGGUAAUCUGGCCACGAAUUUUUAAUGGCUUUCGUAAUGAAAUAACGGUUAAAAACAGUUUUACCACACUUUGUAAUUGUAUUUGU